UUGUCCGAAAAUCAACCCCGUACUGGACGUCCUGCCUUUAAUUACGAAAUUUUGCGCACUGCUCUGAAGGAGAGUCCAAAUGUUAUUACUCGCGAUUUGUCGACGGCACUCGGAUGCAGUCAGAUAACAAUCCUCAACCACCAUCAUCCUCGGCUACCGCGAUAAAUUUUCCAGUUGGGUGCAUCACGAUUCGAGCUAUUCGAACAAAGCAUCACGGAUCAGUGUGUGCACUUCUCUGCUGCUUCAUCCACGCAGAAGAGACUAUCUUAAAGAGAUCGUUAAUGGAGACGAGAGUUGGAUGCUCCAUGUAAACCAUAAACAACGUUGCCAGUAUGUGCCUCAUGACGAAAUACCUUCAAGACAGCCAAAAAGCGAAUUACACCAGUGGGGUUUGCUGUGUUGGUGGGAUUCUAAGGGAAUGCUCUACUUUGAAUGUCCGGCUGAGGAUACUACCGUGACCGCGGAGAGUUCUCAGCUGCAGAGCUUGGUCGACGUUAUUUGGAGGAGGCGUCCGCACCGAAACAAUGUUUGUCUUCUACACGACAUCGCUCGACCGCAUGUUGCGAAACUGUCUCGUUAG